ACGAACUGAAAGCGUACAUGACCUGCACAAUGUGUUUACGCUAUUCUUAAUAGUCCAAGUUCAUGUGUGUAUAUCAGGUAUGCUUACUUUUCAUGCUGUCGGUCACUGUUGAGUAACAUGCAAGAAUCAGAACAGGCGGAUGAGAAGCAUGAAUCGCUGGGAACAGCCGAGGAAAAUGAAAAUCGAGGCGCGGAAGUGUCUAUUACGUCUGAAAGUGAGGUUAAGGAUCCGUCAAAGGUUCAAGAUUAUGGAAGACCAUCGGUCGAUAUAUUCAAGAAGCCUCAACUUAUAAUUGGUCCUAGAAGAGGUAAAGGUGUUGGUAAAGUACGGAGCAUAGAUGUUAUGCCACAAGAACAGUCAAUAGAAACGGAAGACAUAGAGAGUGCCCCAGACACAGAUUCCAGCACACAUGACAUUGCUGAAGUAGACCCAAACAUUUUGAAAAACCCAGACUCUAAAACAAGCAGUGCAGUAUCCCCGGCACAAAAGAUUACGGAAAGCUUAAUUCCAUUACCUUACAAGGAGCCUAACUGGAGUGGCAUACCUAAUGAAGCAUAUAGUUUUGAGAUUUUAAAGUCUGGUAAAAUAUUGGAAAAUAUAAAUUUAAGUUCCAAGUCUUUUUAUGUGUUUGGUCGUUUGUCAACAUGUGAUAUCCAUAUGGCACAUCCAACAAUAUCUAGGUAUCAUGCUGUAUUACAAUACCGAUCUCAUGAAAGUGAAAAUAACCCCAUUGGUUUCUAUAUAAAUGAUCUUGGCAGUACACAUGGAACCUUUCUGAAUAAAAAUCGGAUCAAGUCCAACAUGUAUAUUCGUGUACAGGUGGGACAUGUACUAAAACUGGGCCUCAGCACACGUUUGUUCCUGCUGCAAGGACCAGAGCAGGAUAUGGAGGAUGAGUCAGAACUCACUGUCACACAAUUAAAGCAGAAGAGGCAGGUGGAACUUGCAGCCAGAGAACUGGAAGAGUUGAAAUAUCAGCAGCAGGAGGAAGAAAGGGCAAAAAGGGAGGAAGAACAGGGUAUUGACUGGGGAAUGGGUGAUGAUGCUGAUGAGGAGGCAGAUUUGACAGAAAACCCAUUUGCUGCAACACAGAAUGAAGAAUUGUAUAUUAAUGAUCCCAAAAAGACUCUGCGAGGCUGGUUUGAACGAGAAGGCUAUGAACUGGAAUAUGAUGUUGAAGAGAAAGGAUUUGGGCAGUUUCUGUGCAGAGUUGAAUUACCAAUUGAAAAUGCAAGGGGCAGUACAAUGAUGGCUGAAGCCAUUGUGAAGGGCAAAAAAAAGGAAGCAGUGGUUCAAUGUGCUCUAGAGGCCUGCAGGUUGUUGGACAGGUAUGGGCUGCUGCGUCAAGCUACUCAUGAGAGCAAGAAGCGUAAGGCGAAAGACUGGGAAGCUGAGGAUUACUAUGAUAGUGAUGAGGACACUUUCUUGGACAGAACUGGAACUGUUGAAAAGAAACGGCAGCAGAGAAUGCGAGCUGCUGGCAAGAGAGAUCCAGGAGAGGUUGUUGAGACAUAUGAUUCUUUGAUGAAGAAACACAGUGACAUACUAUCACAACUUCAGGAUCUAGAAAUUCAACUUGAAAAGGCAUUGGAAAGUGUUCAUAAGUUGUCACUUGAACAAGAUAGGGAUAAUGAAGAUGAUGAAGAUGCUCUUGAUGUAUUCAUGAUGAAACUGUCUACUCCAGCUUCUGACAAGAAAUACGUAGCCAGAAUUAAGUCUGAGUUAACAGUUCUGAAACAAGAAGAAAUCAGGCUGAGGAAACUGGUUAACAUUGCCAGGCCAGCUAAUCUGCCAGAAUUGUGUCCGCCUGAUAAAAUCAACCCAUCUGUAAACUUACCAGCAACAUGUAAGAAAGCGCUCCCACUAAUUGGAGCCAGACGGAAACCAAGCAGCAAAACAAAACAAAUGGAAUUUAUGGAGAAUCCCCCAAAUUCAUCAACUCUGAAUGCAGAACAGGAACAGGAGGAAGAAGAAGAUGAAGAGAAUGUAAAAGAAGAAAGUGGAAGAUUUCCAGGUUGCAGUAUAGCACAAGAAACUAAAGCAUCACGCAACAGUAAAAAGACACAAAAAUCAAAUAAUGUGGAACAGAAAGGUAAAGAAGAUAAGAUGGAAGUAGACAUUUUAGACACUCAAGAUCCCAAAAAAUUAUAUACAACUAAUCCAAAAACCAAAGUCUUUGGUCCUGUAAUGCUUCCACCACUGAAAGAAAACUCUGAAACCACAUCAAGCACAGAAGUUGUGGAACCUCACAGUAGCGAUGAGGAGAAGGAAGUAGAGAGGAAGAGGAACAGAAACAAGAGAAGGACAGAGCAAAGAAAUAGGAAGGCAAUGCAGCAGAAAACUGAUUAUGAUCCUUCAGACCCUGAUUAUUCAGUGUGGAUACCACCAGAAGGUCAGACAGGAGAUGGAAGAACAAAACUGAAUGAAAAAUUUGGCUACUGACUGCAAACAUUUAAACCUACUGGCACAUCUCCUACAGUGUAGAACAGAAAAACAAAACCUUUCAGAAUAUUGUAUGGUAUCCUGUAUAAGUUAAUAUUUGUAUCACCAUUAAACAAAUUCUGAAUAUGC